AUGAUUGAUUUAGAUGGCUCGCUUACUCUUAUCGAAUAUCGAGCGAUGGGAUCAAUUGCCCAUCUCGAAACAAACCGUCUUUCGAUUUCAGGCCUGGAUUCGGAAAGUGUGCCAUCGCCAACUCCACCGCCACAAUUUCGUCAGACGACACCGUUGUCGGGAACGAACUCCACCGGCUUGAGCGAGAUGACAUCAGUCUCUGGAAGUCCGGCACUCUUGCUUCCACCACAGGCUCCACAAGCACAACCACUGCCGCCACCCGCUGCCGCUGCUGCUGCAGCUGCCCAACAACAACAACAACAGCAACAACACGGUACCCAACAUGACGUGAAAGGUCAGCCUUAUCCUCUGGCAGCAGCCAAUCAUGGCGCUGACUCAAUUCAGAACAAACUAACUAGCUACAGUGCCUGUUUAGUGUCGGAUAUGCUACCCGGUUACUCGCCAUGGAUGCGAAAUGCUGGACGAAAGAAAUCUCAUCCGGUUUGGGAAUUCUUCAAGGAUCUCAAGGAUACUAAUGGUGUGGGCGGAGUUAUCUGUCUGCACUGUUCAUGGCAAGGCGAUGAUCGCAGUCCGAACAAUCUACGUACACACCUCAAAAAGUUCCACUCAUCUGAUGGGGUAUUCGCCAGAUUCAGCGAAAAACUAGCACAGGUGAGUAUCUUAUGUCUGUCGCUACUUCUGUCCUCCCUGUAUUCGAUGGACGCGUCUCCAUCGACGUCGUCAAUGGCCGAUGACGUGAUGGCGGUCGACGUCCUGUCAUCGCUUCUGAAUCCGUUCGACUCGUCGUCGAACGAUGUAAAGAAGAAAGGACAGAAGAGCGCGAAAACAUGCAAGAAAUCAUCCGAGAUUUGGGAUCAUUAUCGUCUCCUGAAUGAGAAUCAGAACGUGGAAUGUGUGUACUGUUGGAAAGUACUGAAACGUGGUGAUAGCAGUACAAAAAGUAUGUGGGGACAUAUGACGGCAUUCCAUCAGGAUGUUCUGGAUGAUAAGCAAAGUCGAAAGAAACUUCGCGUAAUGGCUGUCGAACCAAUCGAACGGAAAAAGUACACGACAACGGAUGCCGAGGUGGGUGGAGCGCUGUUUAGCGAGUGUGGGAGGCUGUUUUUCUGGAAUCGGGAAUCAAUUUAUUCUUACUGUACUUUCACAAAUGUCUCAGAGAGCGUGCAGUUUAUUGUGUUACCUUUAUACUUGCCUGUUUGUUUUUUCACUUCCAAUCAAUACACCACCAAAAAAAUGUGA